AUGGCCUCCAAACAAACCAUUAUCUCUCCCUAUGUUAACAUUAACGAGAUCAAUCCUGCUCUGGAUCACUACAAGAUCAGGGUUCGUGUGAUAAGACUUUGGAAAGCAUUCAAAUCCCUGCAGAUGGUUUUAGUCGAUGAUGAGGGAACAAGAAUUCACGCAUCUAUUGAAGAUGCAUUGGUGAAGAAAUUUCAUAACCAGAUCAAUAUUGGUGACUCAAAAAUAAUCGAUACUUUCAGUUUGGUCGAUUAUGACGAUGUGGUGGGCCAAAUUGCUGGUGUUGGUUCUCUUGAUAACAUAAAAACUAAAAGAAAGGACAAUGUGAAGAUAACUUUUGACUUGCAAGAUUUAAGGAUGCCAAACACUAGCGUUGUUGAGUUGGUUCACAAUGAGGAGAAUAUACAGCCAAAGGUAACUUUGUAUGAGGAGUUUUUCAUGAAAAAUGAAAAGAUGACUAUCGACGACAUCCUAUAUUCAUUAGAGGUUCGUACAUGUGUGACAAUUGGAACGAUCUGUUCGGUUGAGACAGUGCCUAAGUGGUAUUACAUUGCAUGCAAAGAAUGUAGAAAGAAGGUUCAACCAUAUCCACUAGAAUCUGACAAGGGGAAAAAACGUCUUUAUAGUUGUGGUGUUUGCGAUGACGAUGUCAAAGAAGUUGAUUACAAGUAUAAACUCAUACUACACGUUUCGUAUGGAAAUUCUCCAAAGAUUAAGCUGCUUUUUUUUUAUGGUCUAGCCCAACUAUUCGUAGGUAAAAAGGCUGAUGAAUUAGUUUCUCAAAUUGCCGAGAUAUCAUCGGAAGAGUAUUGCAGGUUGGAAAUCGCUUCGAGGAAGGUCCUCCCGACAUAG